UCAGUCCGCUAAUUGUUGAGAACUGUUGAUGAUUCUUACUUUGUCACAUCAGCACAUCAGAUUCAUAUCACUAUCAACGCCAGAAAAGAGCUAUGGCGGAUGAGGAGAAAGAAACUUGUUUGUCCGAGCUUGGCACCAAAGGGAAGGUACAUAAUUCACGUAGAAUUGAAAAACCAGUGAAUGUAAGGAAACCACAAUGGUCCAACAAGUUUCAAGGUAUCAUUGCUGUUCUUGGAUUCUCAGUGGGACUUGGUAACCUGUGGAGGUUCCCUUACGUCUGUCAAAAGAAUGGAGGUGGGGCGUUUCUGAUACCAUACUUCAUCUCUACAACUGUGUUAGCAAUCCCUCUCUUCAUUCUGGAAGUUGCUGUCGGUCAGUUUUCUGCUAAGGGACCAAUUAAGGUUUGGGCGAUGUGUCCAAUCCUGAAAGGUGUUGGUUUUUGCAUACUGUCUAUCAGUUGCAUCAUCGUCCCGUACUACAGCAUGGUGUUUGCCUGGGCCCUCUACUACCUGUACAGCUCCUUCUCUACCGUCCUGCCCUGGACCACUUGUGACAACUCAUGGAACACACCGCCUUGUAUUGCUGUAGGAGAAAAGAGAAUAAACACUUCUAUAUUAACUAACACCACACCCAUAGAGGCUAUCACCAUUUCACAUUAUCCAAAUGAAAACACCGGAUAUGAACACAUUAACCGAACACAAGAAACUACCAGUGUUCUGGGACAUACAUCAACAGAGGAGUUUUGGCAGUACAAAGUUUUAGGUGUUUCGUCCGGGAUAGAUGACCUGGGCUUUAUGCAACCACAUCUCGUCAUCUGCUGGUUCAUCACGUGUGUUGCCGUCUUUCUUUGCAUCAUGAAAGGAAUCAAAUCCUUGGGAAAGGUUGUGUAUGUGACAGCGUUGAUGCCAUACGCCCUACUGUUGGUGCUGUUGGUGAGGUCGUGCAUGAUGCCUGGUGCCGUGGAUGGGAUUCUCUUCUACCUGACCCCAGAUUUCAGCCACCUACAGCACCCUCAGGUGUGGUUAGAUGCUCUUGUUCAAGUAUUCUUCUCUGUUGGUACGGCGUGGGGUACCCUUAUUGUCAUGGCAAGCCACAAUUCUUUUCAUUCAAAUCUUAUACGGGACUCCAUCAUCGUGACGGUGAUUGGCGAGUUGACGAGUGUAUUUGCUGGCUUCGUGGUUUUCGCAACAGUGGGCUUCCUGGCUCACGAUUUACAGAAACCUGUAGCUGACGUCGUAACUUCAGGUCCUGGCAUAGGUUUCAUCGUCUACCCAGAAGCAGUUGCGCUACUUCCGCUUCCUCAGCUGUGGUCUAUCUUCUUCUUCAUAACGAUGCUGAUGAUGGUUGUCGACUCAAUGUUUGGAUAUGUGGAGACAGCUCUUGGUUGCAUGGAUGAUCUCCUGCCACGGCGGUUUCACACACGGCAUCUCCAGACAAUCAUGGCUGCUGUGUUUAUGGGAGCUGUGUUCAUUGCUGGCCUUGUUUUCACCACGCAUGGUGGAGUCUACGUGUUCCAGUUGGUCGACUGGUACAUGGGUGCAGUAGCCUGUUUCGUCAUCGCCAUACUGGAAUGUGUGGGUGUUGGUUGGUUCUACGGCGCUGGGCGUUUCUCUGCUGAUGUUGAGAGCAUGGUUGGAAAACGCCUCCCUGUAAUCUACAAAUUAGUGUGCUUCAUCCUUCUCCCCAUCCUCUUGUUUGUUGCUUUGGUUUUUACUCUGGCUUUUUACAAGCCGCCAACAUAUGGCGAGUACCACUACCCUGGGUCUGCCGUCAUCUUCGGCUGGUUUAUUGCCCUCGUGUCCGUUGUUCCUAUCCCAGUUACCAUGGUGAUACAAAUACUGAAGAUGGAAGGGUCCUUGUCUCAGCGUGUGAGAGCAGCCAUGACGCCCACGCCUACAUGGCAAAGACACAGAAAGCGACAUGGAGUGGAGGACAAACUAGAAAACAGAUCUUUGAAGGACAACUUCCUGUUUAUGAUCGGACGAUAAUUACACUUGCACAUGACGAGGGAUCAGUACCGGAUGUAAUCUUUACGUUGUCCGGAAAAUCAACGGGCAGACCACUUCAAACUUCACUUAUUUCUCAAAUGAAGCAUUAUGCAGUAAAACUAUAUGCAGCUUACAAAAGCACAUGCAACAAUACACUUGCAAGGGUGUCAGUAGAAAUGUGAAGCGAUAGCUAUGGUACACCCGCUAAAGAGCUGGACACUUCCGGUACGAACACGUUUUGCGAGCUUUGUCAAUAUAUUUUGUUUGCAUUUCCUUUACUGGGAACUGCAAGCUGUACCAGAAGGAGAGCACAAUUGCUGUCACGUUUAUAUACAACUGUCUGUCUUCCUCUUUCACUUUACUAUAAGGAUACCGUAGGAUAAGGAUAAGGAUAUUUAGAUCUGUGCAUACAGAUUCAGAGUGACGAAACACUCUCCACAAGACUGUAUGACAAGAGGGGUGGCAUCUACUUUCCAAUAGUCAGCGUU